GUCCAAAGAUAUAUUUUAUAAACUUGAGAAAUACGAGACAAAAAUAUCAAAAAUAAAUAUUCAUUCAUCAACAUUCAUGUAUAACAUUAAUGUAAACUUGUGUAUGACUGUCACUUUCUGCUUGAGUCGUUUUGAAGAUGACAUGCCAGAUAUAUACGCAAGGGAAAAUAUUCAAGCCAUCGGGGGAAAAUUCAUUUCGAACUUUGUGCACCACUAAUUUAACCACAGAAUUUUAAUAUAAUUUCAUGCUACGAUAUAACAAGAUAAAGAAAAUACGUAAAUAGAUAAAAAUUCAGAGAGAGAGAGAGAGAGAGAGAGAGAGAGAGAGAGAGAGAGAGAGAGAGAGAUGUACAGGAAAUUAUGACACAAAAGGUACACAAAAACUUCAAACAAUAAACACCGUAUAUUAGAAAAAUUCUAUAUUGUAUAUCAUUAUUUUGAUAAUUUGCGUUUGGUUGGGAAUACUGGUACGUUGUGUACGUCGAUAGUACAUUUACUUUUAUAAUCAAUGACUUGUUAGAUGUGUUGAUAGGGCGGGGAAAGGGAGUACUGAUUGACCAUGUGAAUAUAUUGUUCAUAUCCCAUGUGUAUAUGAGGUUUGAAUUGAGAAGAUCUGCUGAUCAUUGCAUACUAACUUGGAUUUGACAGCUUGAUCCGGCUAAUUAAACAUUUGAAUUGGAAAUUCACAAUCCGUGUUGUAUCUGUCCGUUAUCAAUUCUAAAGUUUACAGAAGUGAAGACCUCGCAAUUUAUUUUGUGGAAAUGACAAUUGUAUACCAUCAUUCUCACUAACAGAAUAUUGAGUUAAAAUUUGGAAAUGAAACUUUUCGCUCUUAACAUCGAGUCUAGCUGAUCUAAAGUUGAUUAAAAUGUGAUUAAAAAUCGCUCAGAUUCUGUUAUUUAUGUAAAUUAUUGGGAAAUUAAAACUUUUUUUUUUCUACAUCAUCAAUACAUAAAAUUCAUAUUUUAAAAUCAUAACAUAAACUGCAUUUGCAAACUAAAGCUCAUUGGUAUUCAUAGGUGUAUUGUAAUCCCCCCGAACUGAUAGAUGUUUGAUUGUAGAACAAAGUAUACACUUCCCUAGUAUGUUUAUUGUUGUAUAACUAGGAAUGCCCACGAUGUACAAGUCGCAUGCGUUAUGGUGACACUUUUUAUUCAGUUUAUACACAUAAACAAACUAGGCCGCGAGUUCAGCGCUGAACUAAAUGGAUAACAAGUCACAGAAAACACUGCUGAACAUUCAUCAAAUAUUACGACAUGCUCGGUCUCCGUCGGAAUACUUCUUCCUCUGAUAAUUCAUUUCCCCCUAAACUCCCUUCAUAAUGAGAUAUUAAUUGCGACACGUAAAAUUAAAAUUUUACAACAUUUGUUUGAAUUAUUAGAAAAAGUAAAAUAUUUUUUCAAGCUGCGUUUCUUUAUGUAAUUAUGUACAUUUCAAUUUGUAUUGAUUCGACCCUGCUUUUUUUUUUUUACGGAAAUAUACUCCCAUAAAUCACAUAUCAUUAACUAUUCACUGGCAAAAAGUGUAGGUGAAUAUUCAAUAUAUAUGAAACAAAUAGUUGUGAUGAUGGAUAUCAUAUUAAGUUAUUUCAUAAUUACGUGUAUAAAUAUGAAAUCUAAAUUGCAAUUUCAUCUUGUUUACAUUACACUCUGACAUUAAGUCACACUCCUCCGAAACGACGAGGUGCAAAAAAAAACAACAAAAAAACAAACCCUGGAUGAAAUGAAUUCGAGGACUAAUUUCGAUCAUGGAAUGUUGACAUGCUUAUGAUCAUUCACGAUGUUUAAUGUUGAUUUCAGCUACUUGAAUAUUGAUUAAUAUUUGCCUCUUUUCUUUAGUUAAUGAAAGCCUGCAGGCACGUGCAUUUUUUUCCACUGUUUCACGGGCAUACCUGACCCGCUUUGACGUUGAAUUAACACGCCAAUAAAGAUUUUACGUCCUCUUACUUUCGGGAAACCAGCGGAGGACUACAUCCAUUUACGACUGUAGCUGUUCACAAGGAAGGUGAUUGAUGGUGGUAUUCUAUAGGUUUCUAUCUAACUGGACUUUACCAAACGUGAUCAAGGUUUUGCCGUGUAAACAAUAACAGUCUGACUCUUAAAACGGAGAAAAUUAAAUUGUUAGAAUCUUACCCUACAGUAACACCGCUUACACCUGGAGAGAGAUUGAAAAUAACGAGGAUGUAUAAAUUUAUGUCUGUUUUUUACUCUGUGAUCAUUUUAUCGCAACUCGACUUUUGUUCAACAGAAACCACUUCUUCGCAAAUGACCACCGAGGAUUCAGUACAAAGUAAGAAAUCGAAAACUGAACACAGAGACUUACCAGAAGGAUGGAGUGAUUUUUGCAUGGAAGUUAAUAAUAAAAGUUCUACCGACGUUAUAUCCUUCAAAUGUACUAUUCAUGGGCACAAUUCUGGGCGCUGGAGUUAUGAAGAAAUGAGGAACCACAUUGCACCAAGAAGUAUGAAAUACAGGUUUGAUAUCGAAUGCUUACAUGGGGCUAAUAUAUCACUGAGAUGGCCAUUUAAGGCGAGAAAUCUUAAAGAAUUAAAAGUCCAAAACUGUAUACUUACAGAAUUUUACGGUGAUUAUGAAAAUAAGAUGCUAGCUACGUUUCAGGAUGAAUUGGAAUAUCUGAGUUUGUCUAAUGUCGUUGCUAUGGUAGACAUUUACGAUUUGGUUUACUUUGCUGGAACUAUUGUGAACAUUACACAGGAUACACUAUGUGGAAAUGACCACAGCCUUAUUGAAAUGACAAUGAGCAACUUGACAUAUGAUUUUGGUGCCUCCACAGAGACGUUUUUCCAAAACUUGCUGAAUGAGACGACAGGAGAACACAAUAUAAAAGAAGACCCUGUCAUGAACAAGGCACAGAACCUGUACACUGACAUUUUCGAAGUGGACCACGUUUGUAAUUAUAAACGAUUGAAAAUGUACGAUUACAGUAUAAACUCAUCUCCAGGCACCUUCUAUGUUGACUUAAAAACCGAACGAUCCUCCUAUCCCGUUCUGGAAAAUUUGAACUUUUCUUUCACUCCUUUUGGGGAAAAGUAUUCAGUUGACGACUUGCUUAAUAACUGGGCGAAGUACUACCCUACGUUACAGGCGAUGGACAUCUCUCACUGCAACAUUAAAAAAUUAGAUGUCGUCAGCACCAUAAAGAGCAUUGACAAAGGUAAUAGCCACAAGUUGGUCGUGAAUCUUACAGAUAACAACAUAAAGGAACUAGAAGUUGCAGUUUUGGAAAACAUUGUCAACGAGGAACAAGUGUUUUUCAACUUCAGUCGCAAUCCUCUGAACUGUUCAUGCACAGAAGACAUGAAGGAACUCAUCAGAUUCGUCCAGGAAAAAUCGAAAUGGAACAUUGCUAAAUACGCUAGAUAUGCGUACAUCCGAAAAAUGCAAUGCUAUUUUCCUGAACAACUGAAUGGAAUGCUAUUGAAAGAUUUAAAAGAGUCUCUGUUGCUGUGCAGAGAUGUUUUCUCACUGACAGAAACCAUCGUUGAAGAAGCUGUAGUCUUUCUAAGCGUAUUUUCGUUUCUUCUUUUAGUGGUUAUUUUUAUUCUCGUAAAAUUUCGAAGAGAAAUACGGAUUUUGACAUAUACAAGAUUUCACAUAUUGUUACCAUGUCAAUCCGAAGAGGCAUUUGAAGAGAAAAAGUUUGAUGCUUUUGUGUCCUACAGCAAUGAGGAUCAUCUGUGGGUCACUAGCGUGUUUGAGAACAAUUGCAUUGACGGUCUGAGGAAUUUCAAAUUUUGUCUACAUCACAGGGACUUUAUUGCAGGUAAAACCAUCACUGAAAAUAUUAUAGACAGUAUUGAAAGCAGCAGACACACCAUUGUAAUUAUGUCGAAGAACUUUCUGAAUAGCAGUUACUGUCUUUAUGAGUUUGAGGAAGCUCUUCGACAGAGUAUCAGUGAACGGAAGCGACAUCUGCUCGUCAUUAUGUUGGAGAAUGUCGCACAGGACAAGAUGCCAAAAGUCUUGCAAACCUGUUUAAAGACAUUCACCUACAUCAGUAAAGACGACAAAAUCUUCAUGGACAGAUUGAUUUAUUCUCUCUCUUACAAAAGACGUGGACAAAUGACAAACAAUGCUAAAUUUGUCGCAGCAUAUGAAAAUGAAUUGUGCAAGGAAACAGAAAAACAAGACAGCACAUCAACAUUUCAUAAAAAUGUAUAUGAAAGUGUUAUACCCCAGGGCAACACAGAAAAGGAGAAAACCGAUAAUUAUAACAUAUUUCCCUGAGCCUUCGAGUUCUCUUGUGUAAUGAACGAUGACAUAAAACAAUCCUCUCUAUAAAGUGCAAUAUCUUGAUUUAUAUACUGAAGGCGUGCGACUGCAGUGACAUUGAUGCUUAGUAUAAUUAAUAGGAUUCUGUAUUCUUCAUUCUUUAGUUAACUUUUCCCUGGGUGGUAGAGAUGAGAUCUGCUAAUUUUCAGAAAUCAUCCCAAUGUACUACUUUCCUGAUGAGAUAAUUUAGAUUUAGAACAAUAUAUUUAGAGCUACAGUUUUAAUCUAAUAGUUGGUAGUUUUAUUUAUGUGGCAAUGUAUCUUAGUCACCACGGUCCCUUCUUACCUUACAAUAAGACCAUGUCAAUGAAGUAUAAAAAUGAUGUAAUUCUGAAUCAUCAUCUGAUAUAGCAGUAAAAUGAAAAUAAAAUUGUGUUGAAAAUUAC